CAUGUACCGUGCGGGUGCUGCUGCAUCUACUGCAAUCGUAGUGUGCAGUCACAUCGCGUUUUGGACACUUGUUGACGAUGGAUUGUGGCAGGUUCAGAAGGCAAUCUGGUGUCAUUCCAUGUUCUUGAAUUUUCCUCUUAUAAAUUUCCCUCUGACAGAUUCUUUAUGCAUCUCUCUGAGCUAG